CUCUUUCUGUGCUAGCUGGUCCUCCUUUCCUCACCUUAAGCUUCACCCCAAAACAAAUUCCUCCCGAACAUUACUCACCCCACGUUUUCUUUUCCUUUUACCCCCCAAAGUUUUCUCUGCUUCUUAAUUUCACCCCCGUCUUUUCUUCCCCCUUCUCAAAUGGGUUGAACCCGCCUCAGUUUUCGCCUUCUUUCAUGGAGUGGGAUAGUAAUUCCGAUCACAGUGAGGACGAGGACGAGGAGUUCAUUCUUAACGACGAAGACGAUGAGCCCGUUGGGCCCCUCCCUUUCCCCGUGGAGAACCUGUUCCAAACUGCGCCGUGUGGGUUCGUUGUCACCGAUGCGCUUGAGCCUGACCACCCCAUUAUUUAUGUCAAUUCCGUGUUCGAGGCCGUUACUGGGUAUCGUGCCGAGGAGGUUCUGGGUCGAAAUUGCCGUUUCUUGCAAUGUAGAGGGCCAUUUGCUAAAAGAAGACAUCCAUUAGUGGAUUCAACAGUUGUUUCAGAAAUUAGGAGAUGCCUUGAGGAGGGUAUUGAAUUCCAAGGUGAGUUGUUGAACUUCCGGAAAGAUGGAUCUCCUCUGAUGAACAGAUUGCGGCUGACUCCUAUAUAUGAAGCUGAUGACACAGUAACUCAUGUUAUUGGAAUCCAGUUCUUCACAGAAGCAAAUGUUGAUCUGGGUCCAGUGCCUGGAUAUUCACUGAAGGAGUCUGGAAAAGCAUCUGACUGGUUUCGUUCUGCUUUUUCCAAUUCGCAUCCUGUCCCAGUGGGAGACCGAAAUGUUUCUCGUGGAGUUUGUGGGAUAUUUCAAUUGAGCGAUGAGGUGCUGUCUCUUAAAAUACUAUCAUGGUUGACUCCAAGAGAUAUUGCGUCGGUUGGUUCUGUCUGUAGGCGACUUUAUGAGCUGACAAAAAAUGAGGACCUUUGGAGAAUGGUCUGCCAGAAUGCCUGGGGUAGUGAGACAACUCGUGUUUUAGAGACUGUGCCUGGUGCAAAAAGACUGGGCUGGGGUCGCCUGGCAAGGGAGUUGACUACUCUUGAAGCUGCAGCAUGGAGGAAGCUAACAGUUGGAGGUGCUGUUGAACCCUCACGGUGCAACUUUAGUGCCUGUGCAGUUGGGAAUCGGGUGGUUCUUUUUGGUGGGGAAGGGGUUAAUAUGCAACCAAUGAAUGACACAUUUGUAUUGGACCUAAAUUCUAGUAAACCAGAAUGGCAGCACGUUCAAGUGAGCUCUCCUCCUCCUGGUCGUUGGGGUCAUACUAUUUCAUGUGUAAAUGGGUCUAAUUUGGUGGUAUUUGGUGGCUGUGGAAGGCAAGGCUUACUCAAUGAUGUCUUUGUUUUGGAUUUGGAUGCAAAGCCUCCAACUUGGCGUGAAAUCUCUGGAUUGGCGCCUCCACUUCCAAGAUCAUGGCACAGCUCCUGCACUCUUGAUGGCACCAAAUUGAUAGUUUCUGGUGGUUGUGCAGACUCUGGGGUACUUUUAAGUGACACGUUUCUUCUUGAUCUGUCAAUGGAGAAACCUAUUUGGAGAGAGAUACCAGCAGCCUGGACUCCCCCUUCUCGGUUGGGCCAUACAUUAUCAGUUUAUGGUGGUAGGAAAAUAUUGAUGUUUGGGGGUUUAGCCAAGAGUGGUCCCCUACGGUUUCGUUCUAGUGAUGUCUUCACAAUGGAUCUUAGUGAGGAGGAACCUUGUUGGAGAUCUGUAACUGGAAGUGGAAUGCCUGGUGCUGGAAACCCAGGUGGUGUAGCUCCUCCUCCCAGGCUCGACCAUGUGGCUGUGAGUCUCCCUGGUGGGAGAGUUCUUAUCUUUGGUGGAUCAGUAGCUGGUCUUCACUCUGCAACCCAGCUUUAUCUUCUGGACCCUACUGAUGAGAAGCCUACAUGGAGAGUACUGAAUGUACCUGGCCGACCUCCAAGAUUUGCAUGGGGACACAGUACAUGUGUUGUAGGUGGCACAAGGACUAUAGUCCUAGGUGGCCAAACAGGAGAAGAGUGGAUGUUAAGCGAGCUCCACGAGCUAUCAUUAGUGAGUUCUUCCGUCAUCUGAGAUUAAAUCAACGAAAAAAAAAAUCGAAAAGCUGCUGCAAAGGAAUGACAAAGCGUCACGAACCACAAACUAUCAUAACCGUGACACAAGUGAGUGGAGGUCGAACUCGAACACCACGCCAUGCGGGUCAGUUACUGAAAAACUCUUUGACAGAUAAGAUAAAUGGUCUAAUGAGAGGGACAUUUGUAAUGGAUAUUCUUGUACGAGGUUGUGGGUGGGAGAUGAAAAUACCUAUUCCAUGAGUGAAUUGAUGAAAACCAUGUUUACGUUUUUGUAAGGUUUGUGUGAUACUGUAACUGCAACUGCCCAUCUUCAUCACUGCUCACAAUGUUGGACAUGGAGUCUACUUUUGUUGGUAGGUUAGAUUUGUAUUUGCUAGAAAAAGCUUCUUAGGCUACUUAUAUAUUUUAGGGGUUUAGUUUCUUGUUA